AUGUCUCGAAAAGAAGGUCAAAUUGCUCUUGCAAUCAGUGCAUACAAUAAGGGUCAAUUUACAAGCUUAAAAGCAGCUUGUACAAGGUACGAUGCGCCAUAUUCUACUACUUACGACCGCGUCAAGGGAGCUAUUCCACAACGCGAUUUCCGACCCCGAAACCAGCAACUCACCGACCUCGAGGAAUCAGCACUUAUACAAUGGAUGUUAUCAAUGGAAGCUAGAGGUCUGCCA